AUGGCGGCCACACUGCCUCCGACCCAGCCGCCAGCGGCCCAAGAAUAUGCUGGAGAUGAGAUCAAUGCGCUCGUCCUCGACCCCGGCUCCUACACCACCCGCGCGGGCUUUGCGGGCGAAGACACCCCCAAAGCGGUCAUUCCAACCAACUAUGGCCUCCUCUCGUCUGGCGAGAAAGUCUUCGGCGAGAAUGCGAUCCACCUACCGCGACCAGAUAUGGAGAUUAAGAACCCAUUCGACUCAGACGGCAUCGUAGAAGAUUGGGAGACGGCCACCAAGCUAUGGGAGUACAGCGUCACAUCGAGGUUAACUGGAGCGAAGCAAACCCCUCCAAAUAAGAAUGGGCUCAACGAUGAUAAAGACGAGAACGGCGAUGUGAACAUGGACGAUCAGAUGGAGCAACUGGAGGAUCAAGAGAAGGUCUUGGGCGAAUACCCGCUGCUGAUGGCAGAGCCCGCGUGGAACCCACAAAAGGCGCGAGAGAAGUCGAUCGAGAUUGCCAUGGAGCAAUGGGGUGUGCCGGCUUUCUUUCUGGCCAAGAACGGACAACUAGCCGCGUAUUCGCAAGGGAAAGCCACAGCGCUUGUGAUCGACGUUGGACAUCAAAAUACCUCUGUGACUGCGUUGUGGGAAGGCAUGGUCCUGAGAAAGAGCGUCCAUCACACUCCAUUAGCCGGCAAUUGGCUCAGCAACCAGAUUCGCCUCAUGCUUAGCAGCUUGCAAGCCCCUCUCAUCCCGCACUACAUGGUGAAGUCAAAGCAGCCAGUUGACGCCGGUGCACCUAGCAACGCGACAUACGUCAAGUUCGACAAACCACCUACAGACAGCUUCCGUAAACUAGAAGAAGAGCGCGUGCUUACCGCCUUCAAGGAAAGCGUCGUCCAGACCUGGCCUGGUCCGAACCGACUGGAAUCCCAAUCUGGCGCCGGUGCUUUCACGAACCUGGACCACGUCAAGAACUAUCCACCCAAGCCUUUUGAGAUGCCAGACGGCUGGAACCAGGUUUUCAGCGCUGAGCGUUUCAAGGUCGCCGAAGGACUCUUCGACCACAACGCCGCAUACACAGACGCGGAGAAUCCUGCACCAGCCGGCGACCAGACCCUUACCAGCGUCGCGAGAAAUGCGCUGCAGGCCUGCGACGUCGACACAAGGCCACACUUGAUGAACAACAUCAUCAUUACCGGAGCAGGAAGCUUGAUCGACAAGCUGCCCGAACGACUACAAUCAGAUCUUCAGACCAUAUACCCAAAUCCAAAGAUCAGGGUGAUCGCGAACCAAAACUCAGUUGAGAGAAAAUACGGAGGUUGGAUUGGAGGAAGCGUGCUGGCCAGCUUAGGAACGUUCCACCAGAUGUGGGUCAGCCGGCAAGAAUACGAGGAGUUCGGCGCGCGGAUUGUGGAGAAGCGAUGUAAGUGA